AUGUGUGCGCGCCAGCCGGGAGAAUCCAACGUGGAAUCCUUGGAAAAGUGCGCUGGGAUCCGGGCUCGGAGCUCCAUGAGGGUUUGUGUGAUUUUACUAAAAAAUGCAUCACCAACAGCGAAUGGCUGCCUUAGGGACGGACAAAGAGCUCAGCGAUUUACUGGAUUUCAGCGCGAUGUUUUCACCUCCUGUGAGCAGCGGGAAAAACGGACCGACUUCCUUGGCGAGCGGGCAUUUCACCGGAUCGACAGAACUCCUCCUGUUCCUUGGGAAAAUAUUCCUGGAGAAACCUCGGAAAAUUCAUUCGCGUUCCCAAAUCCAAAACUUCUCGUUGUGGCGGGAAGAAACCUCCGGCGUGGAAACGAAUUCUGCGCUUUAAACAAAUCCCACAAAAAAACUCGGGAAUCGCCGAUGGCCUCCGGAAUAUUCCUUGGGAUUGAAAACAUUCCCGUGCUUUCCUCUCUGCCUCUUAAAAUCCGGGAAUUCCGGGCUUUUCCGACGUCUUUCGGGGGACGUUUGAGGCUCCUCGUUUUCCCUGGCUCCGCGUCCAGCUCGGGAAUGGCGGCGUUUUCCCGGCAAAUUCCCACGGCAAUCCCGGCGUUCCGAGCCGGGGAUUCGGGCCAAGGCUUCGCCGGGAAGGCUUUGCCACCUCGGGAAUUGCGGCUUCCGCUCGUUAUUCCGCGUUUUAUCGGGAAAAUCCUUUGGGAUUGCCUUCCCACAGCGGGAUUUGUGCUUGGAAUCGGAUUUUUCCAUCCCUAAAUUCCCAGUUUUUCCUUCCCAGACCGGGAUUUGAGCUCGGAAUUGGAUUUUUCCAUCCCUAAAUUCCCAUUUUUUCCUUCCCAGAGCGGGAUUUCAGCUCAGAAUUGGAUUUUUCCAUCCCUAAAUUCCCAGUUUUUCCUUCCCACAGCGGGAUUUGUGCUUGGAAUCGGAUUUUUCCAUCCCUAAAUUCCCAUUUUUCCCUUCCCAGACCGGGAUUUGUGCUUGGAAUCGGAUUUUUCCUUCCCUAAAUUCCCAGUUUUCCCUUCCCAGAGCGGGAUUUGAGCUCGGAAUUGGAUUUUUCCAACUCAAUCCUCUCCUAAACUUUGGAUUUUCCAUCCCUAAAUUCCCAUUUUUCCCUUCCCAGAGCAGGAUUUCAGCUCGGAAUUGGAUUUUUCCAUCCCUAAAUUCCCAUUUUUUCCUUCCCAGAGCGGGAUUUGAGCUCAGAAUUGGAUUUUUCCAUCCCUAAAUUCCCAGUUUUUCCUUCCCAGACCGGGAUUUGAGC